AUGACGUCAUUACCCUGUUUGGACGUCACUGCCAUGGACCAGUUCACAAGCGCUGUAUCAACUGAACAUCAAGCAGCUGCUGUCCAAAAUCACGUAGAGGUCCGGGUUGCUGCCAAAACAUCCAUCUACUCCGCCAAAACGUCCAUCUACUCAGCCAAAACUUUCAUCUACUCAGCCAAAACUUUCAUCUACUCAGCCAAAACUUUCAUCUACUCAGCCCUGCACUUCAUCUACUCAGCCCUGCACUUCAUCUUCUUCCAAAGAAGCUGCGCAAGUGGUCGGCCUGCAGCCCUCUGCGAAGCUUGCUCCCCCUUGUCCGGCUCUGGCAAGGCUUGUCUCGACUUCGCCGACAAGGUCGUUAUGAACGUGAACCUGUGA